AUAUUAUAUAUCCAUGGAACAUUAAACUAGUGAUUUAAAGGUAUUAUACACCCUCGAUUUUUAUCGGCUGCGAGUAUUCAUGAGUAUAUAUCAUGUCCAUACUUCGCAAUUUUGCCAAAAUCCUACCUCUAAAGCAUAAUUACAUCUAUAAUUCAUGUAUCCGUAGACUGUAUACGGUGAAUAGUGUCUGUAGCAUAAACUGGAGAUUCAACUACGAGCCACCGAUCUCUACUAUACACAAGAGGUGGUACAGACCAGACAAACAUAUAGACUGGGUGGGAAUCCGACAAAAAUGGCGCGUUCAACAGCAACUACAAAAGAAGAAGAAGCAUAAGAAUCAUCAAAAGGUAGCCCUAAGGUUCAGGCUUACCAGAUUUGGAUGGGAAAGACUGCGGAGCGGUAGAAAUGCCAAAAAGUACAACCUGGUACGAAAGUUGCCAUGUUAAUUCAUCUGUAGACCCGCACUCAAUACAAGAAUAAAAUGCGAAUAAAAUAUGUAUCCAGAAAUGAUCUGAAAAAAUUAGAUAGACAAAUGCCUGGUUAUCGGUUAAGGUAUUUGCCACAUUGUAGCACCUAAAUAAUAAUACAGAAUUCGAGAUCCUCCCAUAAAUAAUAACCCAAAC